AUGAGCUGGCCUCUGCAAGCCCUGUUUUACGUAAAAAAUACGUCUUUUUAUUUUAAAAUCUUCAUUUUGAAACCUCUUUGUUCAGAAAUAGGAGAAUAUAUCGAUAUAUUAUCCUUAUUUCUAGCAUCACAAUUUAAUCAUUUCAAAUUAUAUUUCUUUUAUUAUAUUAUAAAUUUUAUUAUCUUUUGUUAUAUUAUAAAUUUUAUUAUCUUUUAUUAUAUUAUAAAUUUUAUUAUCUUUUAUUAUAUUAUAAAUUUUAUUUUAUUUUAUCUACUUUUAGUAUAUUCUUUCGUAUAUCUUAUUUAUUUUCUUUAGUAUAUUACUAUAACUAGUGACUCUAGCCAAUAAAGAGGGCGUUAGUGUUCAAAUAAACUUCCUAACCUGGUGUCUUUUUUGAGUUUAAUAUUUUUUAAAUACAAAUUUAAAUACAAGAUUAAUAUUUAGAUUUUUAUUAAAAGACUUCUUUACAAAUAUUAACACGAUGAUGCAAUCUAAAUGUACGUAUAUAUAAAGGUAUUUAUAUAUAAAAAAGAAAAUUAGAAAUGUUGAUUUCUAUUAGGUUACAAUCUCAUACUGUCUGUUAUUGUCACGUUUUGAGCUGUUAAAAAAUUUAUAUACAGCAAGUUUAGUCUACGUAGUUUUACAUUAUAUUAUUUUGAAUUGUUUAUUAGACACGAAAAAGAAAAACAGCGUAAUGGAUUUAUCAAGUGGCAACACAUUGUCGAACAAAACAAAAAACAAUACAUUUGAAAAUGAUUCAAAUACAUUAUUGAAUGAAGAAACAAAUAAUACAAUUACAAAUAUGACAGGAAAUGAAAUUUUCAAAAAUUUAUCUUUAUUGAAAUUGCAACGCCUUCCUGAUGAAUUUACUAAUUAUGUUUCAAAACUUGUUGAUCUUAAUUUGUGCAAUAAUCAUCUUCAUGCUCUACCAAGCUCUUUGAACAUGCUAACUGGUCUAGUAUCUUUAAAUCUAAAUAAUAACCAAUUGUAUUCACUCCCAGAUGUAAUUUGUGAAUUAAGCAAUCUAAAGAAAUUAUGGGUUUGUGAAAAUAAAAUAAAACAACUUCCUAAUAAUUUAGGAAAUUUAUCACAUUUAGAGAUCUUAUGUUUAAAUAUGAAUCAAUUAACGAAUCUUCCAAAUUCAUGUGCAAAAUUAAGUCAAUUAAAAAUUUGUUGUCUCAAUGUCAAUAAAUUUAAAAAAAUACCAAAUUGUAUAGCCAAAGGAAUGAAAAAUCUGCAAGUCCUCGAGUUGUCACGUAACAAACACAUAAAUUUAAAUAUUUAUCCCAAGAGUAUUAAUUUGACCACAUUUUACGCAGAAGAAAAUGGUAAGUGCACUUCAUUUCCAAAAUGGAUAUUGAGCUCUAGCUAUGAAAAGCUUGAAACAGUAUCACUGAAUGAAACUAGAUUUCAAAAAUUCAAUUUGCUAAAAAAGACAUCUAUAUGCCGUAUUAAAAGAUUAUUCAUGAAACAGUGUGAUCUGGACAGUAAAAUUAUUGAAAGCAUAAUCUCAGAAAUGACAGAUAUUGAAGAAUUAAUAAUUGGAAAUGAUAAAAUAUUUCAUCAAAAUUAUUUUUCAUUCAUGCCCAUUAACAUGAAAAAAGACCAAUCUAAUCUCAAAACGAUUGAUAUACAAGAUACUGGACUUCUGGAAGUGCCUAAGACAAUAGAAAGACUUGUAAAUCUGUCAGACUUGAACUUAAGCUCUAAUAACAUUUUCUUCUUACCAGAAGAAAUAUGUACUUUGAAGAAUUUAAGCACUUUAAUAAUAGACAACAAUCAUUUAGCAAGUCUUCCUGAAAAUAUUGGGAAAUUAACAUCCUUGAAAGAAUUAAAACUACGUCACAAUGAAUUGAACAAACUGCCUGAAAGUGUAAGCUUAUUACACAACUUAGAGUACAUGGAUCUGUUCGAUAAUGAAUUUGAAUCAAUGCCAAAUGUAAUAGAGAGCUUACCAAAUUUGAAAGGACUGGAUCUAGAACAAAAUUAUUUCUCAACUGAACAUUUAUGGCAUAGGUAUAAAUAUAUGAGAGAUAAUUUGAGAAAUUAUUGGAAUUCGAUAUAUUAUUCGAUAUGUACGAAUUCUAUAUAUGAUUGUGAAUUCAUCUCUGGAGUCAAAUCAAAGUCAUUAUCAAAUACAACGAAUCUAUCAUCAUCAUUGAAUUUUUCUGAAAGUUCUUCGCUCAAAGCAGAAUAUACUUCCAAUCCGUUAAAAUAAGGAACCAAAGCCACGAGUCUAUCCCCCUUUCAAGUUUUAUCAGCCAUAUCAACAAAUAUUUUGUCCUUCAGACUUUCACGAGACUCGCGUUAUAACACGAAUUAGAAAGAUGUUACAAAACGGGACUUUAGUUUGGUCAUCAAAUCCUGAGGAAGGCCAAUUCGAAGAUCCCUAAACUAAAAGACUGAUAGUCAUACAAAAGAUAGUUCAAUGAUUUUUAAUUGAAUUAUAUAAUAUUACUGAGUUAUAUUAUAUUAAUAUUUUUACUACAUUAUUAUUACUUUUCAUUUACAUUAUUAUUGCAUUUUCAUUACUUUAUUACUUAUUAUUACUUAUUAUUUUUCAUCAGACAAUUUUAAAGAAAAAAAUGUGAAUUAAAUACGUUUAAGUUAAUAAUGUUUAAUAGAAUAAUAGAAUUCUUUGGAAUUCUUACCAGAUUUGAUAAGUGAUUCUUUAACUAUCUUUUGUUUUUAUACUUAAUUAUUUACUUAUUUAUUUAAUUAUAGAUAGAAAUACUCAAGGAAUAAUUUAGACAAACUAAUAAUAAACGCAUGCUGUGUUUUUGCAGAUGAUUAUACAUAUAUAAUUGUGGAAUACAAUUUUUUUUUUCUUGGUAAAUAAUUCACAUGAAUUAUUUUUACAAUGAGUUUGUAAAAAUAAGCAAAGACUGAUAGAUAACUGUUAUCAUUAAUUUUUAUACAAUUAUUUUAAAUAAUCCUUUUUUGGAGAAUACCUUUUAUCAACAUAUAGUUAUUAUAUAUGCAAUUUAUAUACUUGUACAAUUUAAUUUUGAUCAUGUUAUUCUCGUGGUCCAAGAUAUAAAAUCUUUCCACAGUACAAUUUUUAAUUCUAAUAAGAGAUACAUUCCAUAUAUGUAUUAAUAAAAAUUAUGUAGUACAAAAAUUGAAAUCAAUAAACAUUUAUCUUUGUAUAUUUUCGUAUAUACUUUUAAUACAAAAUUGAAACGUAAUAUUUAGUUUUA